GGCGGGGCCAGCGCCGCCCCCGCCUGGGAGGCCGCAACGGCCGCGGGGCCUCGGGCAGCGGCGAGCGGGGCCGGGAGGAUGUGCAGGCCCCCGCAGCCGCCGGACGGACAGAUGGACACGGCAGCCCCGCCGCACGCCCCGGCCCGCGCUGCACGGCCGGCGCCAGGCGUGCCCAGGGCCAGCUGAGGACGGGGCGUCUCCGGGCCCGGCGUCGUUGCCGGCCUCUGUCCGAUUCGGAUCCUCCCUCGCUCCGGGCGCGGCCGCCUCCCCUCCCGCCGUCAUGAACGGGCUGUCGAUCAGCCAACUCUGCUGCCUCUUCUGCUGCCCGCCCUGCCCCAGCCGCAUCGCGGCCAAGCUGGCCUUCCUGCCCCCGGAGCCCACCUACGCCAUGGUGCCCGAGCCUGAGCCCGUGGGCAGCACGGGCUCCCUGCGGGGCGCCGCGGGCCGCUGGAAGCUGCACUUGAAGGAGAGGGCGGAUUUCCAGUACUCCCAGCGGGAGCUGGACAACAUCGAGGUGUUCGUCACCAAGAGCAGCCGGGGCAACCGCGUCGGCUGCAUGUACGUCCGCUGCGUGCCCGGCGCCAGGUACACGGUGCUCUUCUCCCAUGGCAACGCCGUGGACCUGGGGCAGAUGAGCAGCUUCUACAUCGGGCUGGGCACCCGCAUCAACUGCAACAUCUUCUCCUACGACUACUCUGGCUACGGCGUGAGCACGGGCAAGCCUUCGGAGCGCAACCUCUACUCCGACAUCGACGCCGCAUGGCAGGCGCUGCGCACACGGUACGGGAUCAGCCCGGAGAACAUCAUCCUGUAUGGACAGAGCAUUGGCACGGUGCCCACGGUUGACCUGGCCUCCCGCUACGAGUGCGCGGCCAUCGUGCUGCACUCCCCGCUCACCUCCGGCAUGCGCGUCGCCUUCCCCGACACCAAGAAGACCUAUUGGUUCGAUGCCUUCCCCAACAUCGAGAAGAUCUCCAAAAUCACCUCUCCUGUCCUCAUCAUCCACGGUACGGAGGACGAAGUCAUCGACUUCUCCCACGGCCUGGCGCUCUUUGAGCGCUGCCCCAAGGCCGUGGAGCCGCUGUGGGUGGACGGGGCCGGGCACAAUGACAUUGAACUCUACAGCCAGUACCUCGAGCGCCUUCGGAAAUUCAUCUCCCAGGAGCUGGCCAGCCAACGCAACUAGCCAGGGGACAGGCAGGGGGGUUCUGCUUGUUUCUCCAGUUCUCCCAGUAGCUCUCCCUGGUCCCUGCUGCUGGAGCUGUAGCGAGUUUGCUCAGCUCGGCUCCAGGCUCAGGAGAGGGCGGGAUGCCCUGGAAUGGACAGUGUUUGCUCUCGGACAUGAGCACAGCUCUCCUCCCUGCUGGUGCCAGCCCUGGCGCUGCUGGCACCACCGGCCUGGCUGGCCAGAGACGGCAGCUCCCUCCUUGCCCCUUCCCAGAGACAUGAGCCCACCCUCCGAUGGUGGAUCCUUGGCUUCAGACAUGUCCUCGUCUCCUCUCCCAAACCGGCAAAGUCCCGAGCCCCUCCCGGCCGCUCUGCUGCUCUGACCAUAGCAAUAAGGCGAGUUGGAGAGGGGCUGGGGCCCCGGCCCCUCCCGGUGUCCCUGUGGGUGGGACACAGGAGGUGGCAGUUCCUGCUCUCCACGGAGCUUUCCCGGGGCCAGCGCUGGUGGUGCCCGGUGUUCACCCCGCGGCUGGGGCAGAGCCGUGUCCCCACGGGGACUAUGGGGAUGCAUGGAGGAGGUGCCCCCUGCCCCACACCUCCUCCAGUCUGGCGCUGCUCAGCCUUCCCAGAGCACUCCUGGUGCUCAGGUCACCCCUGGAAAACCUCCGGACCACUCGCCCGGGGAGUGGGGCGAGGGAAGCAGGCAGCAAAUAAAGAGCAGAGGUUUAACGUUU